UCCUUAGAAUUGCAGUCUGUUCGCCGCAUCAACCAUCAGCCAUCACCCUCACCCGUUCAUUCUCCUUCCAUCCCGCGCGUUCCCCCUGCGCGCUUGUCUUCCCCUAGCCAUCCGCCAUGACGUACUAUCGCGCGCGCUAUCACCCGCUCGAUUCCCUCGUCGAUCUCUCCCACCUCUCCUCCCUGCCACCGCCCGCACACCCCCCCGCGCCCGCCCACAACCCCCAUGCGCUUGCGCAACGGUUCUCCGCCCCCACCUCCCCGUCCGGCUCCUCCGUGCAUUCCGCCUUCGGCCCCUCCUCCGCUUCUGUCAUUCUCCCCCCUUCUUCCGCCUCCGCAAUUCUUCCCCCCCCUGCCCGCGCAGCUUCCGCCAGCGACCACUUCGCGCUGACCGAGCCUGGCGCAGGGGACCCAGGCGGAGGGGGGAAAGGCGGACGGGAGGCGGUGGGAUGGGUGGCGGAACUGUACGCGCAGCGGAAAGGGCACGAGGGGGGAGUGGCGGGGAAAUGGUGUGAGCGAGCGGAAGGGCAGGGAAGCUCCGCGGAGUGGGAGGGAACGACGAGAGCGGCUGAGAAGGUGUGGGGGCCAGGGGAGGGUAGAGGUGGGUCAGGGGGGAGUGGAAGGGGAAGGCGAGGGGAGGAGGGCGGUGUGAGUGGUGAGGUAGAAGCAAUAGCUGCCGCUGUCACUGGUGCUCGCACUGGUGCUUUUGAUGGUGCUGGUGAUGGUGCUGGUGAUUGUGCUGCUGAUGGUGCUGCUGAUGGUGCUGGUGAUGGUGCUGCUGCUGCGUACUCUGCUCCCCCUUCUUCUGCUCCUGACGGUGCUGCUGCCGCUGGCACUGGUGCUGCUGCCCCUGCUGCUCCUGCUCCCCCUCCCAGCACAGGGGGUGCUGCUCCUUCUCCCAGCACAGGGGGUGCUGCUCCCCCUCCCAGCACAGGGGGUGCUGCUCCCCUUCCCGUCCAGCCCUCCUCGUCCUCCGCCUCCUCCUCCCUCGCUGCUGUGCCCGCCUCCGCCUCUCCCUUCCAUUCUCGCACCUCAUCACUCGCCUCGCCUUCCCCUUACACUCCCACCACAACACCCUCUGCUCCCCCCGCUGCUGCCCCCCCUGCUCCCUCCGCUCCCCUCUCUGCAGCACGAGCACCAAAUGCAGCACCACCAGCAGCAGGACCAGCAGCAGCAGCAGCAGCAGCUCCCGCUGCUCCACAGGUCUACACUCACCACUCCCUCUCCCCCUCCCCAUCCGCUUCUGCCCCCACCGCCAUCCUCCCACCGCCCAGCCCAUUUCCCCUCUCCCCCCGCACCUACAUUCCCCCACUCUCCUCCCCGUCACGACCCCAACCAGCCCUUUCGCUCUCCACCUCCCCAAAAUACGACCUUCCUCUCUCCCACUACACCUCUGCUCCCGGCCCCACUACCUCCCCCUUCCCCCCUGCGCCCAGCCCCUCGUCCCACCCGCCCACUGAGAUUCUAUCAGGCGCAGCAGCCAGAGGGGUGGGCAGGGCGGGCAGGGAGGGGGGCAUGGCGCGGGGAGGGGGAGAGCAGUGGCGGGAGCGGGUCUUGGCAGCAGCGGGAGGGGCAGUGGGGGCCGCACCAGCUUCGGCGGCAGCGGCAACAGCGGCGGCGGCGGCAGCAGCAGCGGCGGCAGCAGCAGCGGCGGCAGCAGGGGGUGGGGGGUACAUGGCGCACAAGAGGAGGCGGAGGGGGGUGGUGGGGCUGGCCGUGGGUGCAGCGGAGCAGGUGGGGCGCUGGUGGCACGAGGCGGACUGCCCAAGGGAGUGGCCGAGAGAGUGGCGGGAGUGGAGGGGUGCGUCGAGGCGGCAGCUCACUGUGCUGGGGUGCUUUGCUCUCGGCUGCUGCGUGCUGCUGGGGCUGCUGCUCGUUCUGGCACUCACAGGCCCCGCCCUGCCCUCCACCCGCAAGUCUGCAUGGGACCCCUCGCCCCUCCCCUCCGCCUCCUCCGCCCUGCGCCCCGACCUGCUCCUGCAUGCGCAAGCGGACUUGGAGCGCCUGGCGGCGGCGGAGCAGGGGGCGUCCUGCUGGGCGCUGCACGAGCGCCACCACCUCUACCCGCCCUCCACGCACAAGCCCUCCGCCGCGCUGCUCAGAGCGCUCAGGGCGUAUGAGCACAUGCACGAGGCAUGUGUGGCGGGCGUGCAGAGCUGGCAGGCGCAUGCGGAGCGGCUGGAGGCGCCAAGGAGCACAUGCAAGUACCUGGUGUGGUACGAGCCUCAGACGCCCCCCACUGUAGCGGCGCGGCUGCUGUCGCUGGUGUCGGCGUUCCUGUACGCGCUGCUCACCCACCGCGCUCUGCUUGUGGACACCACGGGCGACCUGCCCAGUCUGCUGUGCAACCCCUUCCCCCACUCCUCGUGGUGGCUACCCGCACUUCCCGAUCACUUCCGCCUGCACCCGCCGCACCAGGGCGAGUGGGUCAACGGCAGCACCAGCAACAGCUACUACCACCCCCUCAACCGGCGAGACGUGGCAACCAUCUACUUUGAGGCCCAUCGCUACCCGUGGGACGAGCAGUUCUUCUGCGCCUCCAUGCAGCGCCAGCUGGCCCUCAACGCAACGUGGCUGGCCUUCCUCUCGGACCAGCACCUGCUGCCCUCACUCUUCCUGCUGCCUGCCUUCCAGGCACCCCUGCUGCGCCUCUUCCCCGCGCGCGUGGUGCUACAGCCCUUGGCGCGCUACGUGCUGCACCCCGCCAACGCCGUGUGGGAGAGGGUGGUGCGCUCACACCAGGGCCACCUGGGCCACGCCCAGCACCGCGUGGGCGUGCAGCUGGCGGGGGGAGGGAGCGUGGCGGUGAAGGAGGCAUUGAGAGAGUACCUGGAACGGAAUUCCGCUCUUCUGCUAGCAGCACGCAUGCCAUCAUCUCAUGCAUCCCCGCCCUUUUUCCUCCCUCCCUCUCACUCCCCCUUCACCUUCCCCCAGCAAGCUCUGGAGCGCGGCAUGGCACACGGGCUGCUGCCCCCCCCCCUGGCCCCCUCACAGCUGGCCAAGCUCUGGAGUGCGGCAUGGCGCAUGGGGUGCUGCCGCUGCCACUGGCGCCCUCCCAGCUGGCGUCCUUCCUCAACCACUCCUUCAACGCGCGCCAGCUCUCCCUCGCCGCCCGCACGCUGCUGGACGGGGAUGGGGGGAACGGGGGAGAUAGGAGGGGAGAGGGGAGGGGAAAGGGGGGGGGGCGGCGGAAUGGCAGGUGCAAGGGAGGGCAAGGAGGCGGGAGAAGGAGGGGGGAAUGGAUCGAGGGAAGGCAGGGGCAUGCGGAGCAGCCCACAGCGCAGGCGGUUUGGGCUGUUUUCUCGAACGAGGAAAGGGGACGCAGGGGCGGUAUCACACAGGGAAGAGGGGAAGGGGGCAGCAAGCAGGGGUGCUGGUGCGGCUGCUGAUGCGACUGCUGCUGGCGGUGGCAGGCACCAGCAGGUGCCUCGGGUGGUGGCAGUGUUUGUGGCGGCGGACAGCUUUGCGGCGCUCAAGUUCUUCAAACGCGCGUACGGGCAGUGGCCCACCGAGGACCACAGUGUGGUGACGGUGCAUGCUGAGGUGGAGGACGACUCAGAGGAGGGGCUGCUGUCAGCCAACCAGAUGGAGAUGGUGCGACUCUGGCUGCUCAGCACAUGCCACGUCAUCAUUGCCAGCCCCACAUCUGCAGCGGGCUAUCUGGCCAGCGGUCUCGGGGGCCACCCGCCCUUCGUGCUCUCGCCCGCUGCCACCGAUACUGGCGCUCACAGCACCCACAGCAGUGAGGGCGGGGCAGCAGGGGGCAACGCGGGCGCAGCAGUGUGUGCGCGCAGCUGGUCGGCGGAGGGCUGCCACCUGUCUGCCCCGCUCUCACUCAUGUGCUCAUCCGACCCGCGGGGGGACGGGUCGGCGGGGGUGCAGGAGCGGCACCAGUCGUCGGACCCCGCCACGUGGCUGCCGUACCUGCAGCGGUGCGCGGACCACAGGCAGGGGCUCACCCUUGUGCCCAAGUUCAAAGUGCCAGACUCGUGACACGAGGCUGUGCUCUCCUGUCCUGUCCCGGGCGAUGUGUACUGGCCAAGAGUAGCGGUGAGAGCACGGCUGGUAGUUGUGGAGAAGGAAGGGGAAAGGGAGAGGGCGUGAGGCUCAACUUGGCAACAUGAUUCGGUUGCGGUUGCGGUUGUAGCUGCUGUGGAUUUGUAAGUUGCAAAAUCCUCGUCAUGUAGUCUAACGGAUUGUGAUGAGAUCUUAGUGAAUGAAAAACCAGAACACUGAAGGAGAACGAGGCAUGUGUGGCGCAUUCGGCUUAGAUAAUGAGUACAAU